AGAGUGGGGAAGAGAUGGGUGCGGGAGAGAGAAUGGGGAGCAGUGGUAAGGAGGAGAGCAAUGAGCAGCAGAGCAUGCGAGAGGAGGGUGUGGAAGCAGGGGGGCAGUGGGAGAAGAAGAGUCAAGAGGAGAGCAGUCCGGAGGACGGGAGUUUAGAGGAGGGGAAUCAGCAGGAGGAGUGUGGGGAUUGGCCGACAGACGGCGCGUGUGAGCAGCAGGAGAGCAGUGGAGAGGGAAGGAGUGAGCAGGAGGGCAAUCAGGUGCUGGUGCUUGAACUUCAGGGGGCGAGUGACAGUGGCUUCAGUGAAGAACUUCCAGCUGAUCGAGGGGGGGCGGGCCGGGGGAACGACUCUGACAAGCCGGUGCUGCUCCCCCCUUUCCCACCCCCUACCCGCCUCCCCUUUCCCGUACUCCCUUGCAGUGUUGGUGCCUCAACUUCCGUGGCCGCGUGA